AUGGAGCUUGCAAGUGUAAAAACUGAAUUCUGCCCGAGAAACCAUAGGAUGUUCAUGAUGGAAAGCAGGGAUAUUGACAUAAAGUGCACGAAAAGGCGGCGAAGAGACUCGUCGGUGGCACCUUUAGAGGGCAAUGAGAAACAAGAGCAACCACAGCAGGGUGGUCAAUCAACUACCGCAACUACUGUCAAGAGAAGUUCAAGGUUUCGCGGAGUUAGCAGACAUAGAUGGACAGGGAGAUAUGAAGCUCAUUUAUGGGACAAAGGGACAUGGAAUCCAACUCAAAAGAAGAAAGGGAAGCAAGUAUAUUUGGGAGCUUAUGCUGAUGAAGAAGCUGCUGCGAGAGCUUAUGAUUUGGCUGCACUUAAGUACUGGGGAAUUUCUACCUUCACAAAUUUCCCUGUAUCAAAUUAUGAGAACGAGAUUGAGAUAAUGAAAACUAUGACAAAAGAAGAAUAUCUUGCUUCUUUAAGAAGGAGAAGCAGUGGAUUUUCCAGAGGAGUAUCAAAGUACAGAGGAGUAGCAAGGCACCAUCACAAUGGAAGAUGGGAAGCAAGAAUCGGGAGAGUGUUUGGUAACAAGUACCUAUACCUCGGCACUUACAGUACACAAGAAGAGGCUGCUCGUGCAUAUGAUAUAGCAGCUAUAGAAUACAGAGGCUUAAAUGCAGUAACAAACUUUGACUUGAGCACAUAUGUUAGAUGGCUAAGACCAGAAGCCCUUGAUACUGCUUCUCAAGAGCAAAAGCAAAACCCAGAAUAUCGCCAUCUCAUAAUGAAUCCUAACAUCACCCAAACCAGAGAAAUAACUGAGGUACCUGAUUUCAAUCACAAUCCAAAGGAUCAAGACAUACCUCAGUAUUCAACCCCUUUAUGUCAUAGUAGUAGUGCUAAGUCAUCAUCUUCUCCAACAGCAUUAGGACUUCUGCUGAAAUCCUCAGUGUUCAGAGAGCUAAUGCAGAAAAAUAUAAAUCAGGGAAAAGGUGAAGAGCAAGAAAGGGUGGAAAACGCACAAGGCACUGAUGGGUUUCCUUACUUGUUCUCUCCCAGUGGCAAUAUACUACCAAAUUUACAGUUACCAGAAGAGAAUUUUUUUCAUGGCCAUCAUUCCCCAUUAUUCGAGAUCAGCAAAAAAGUUUGA